AUGGCCGGUGGCCGCUACGGGCGGGCGCUUGGGCUGGCUGCCCCCAAGCGAAGGCGGGCGGGGGAUCCGAUGCGACGACGAUCUCCUCCUGGCCCGGAUCCCGAGUGCAGGGCGAACCCGCGCUUCCUAGGGCAGGCCUGGAAGGGAAGGGUCCAUUUUCCAGACACAGAGAGGGCAGAAUGGCUCAACAAGACUGUAAAACAGAUGUGGCCUUUUAUUUGCCAAUUUAUUGAGAAACUCUUCCGGGAGACCAUAGAACCAGCAGUAAGAGGAGCAAACAACCACCUCAGUACCUUCAGUUUUACAAAGAUUGAUAUUGGUCAUCAGCCUCUGCGGAUAAAUGGUGUAAAAGUGUACACUGAAAAUGUGGACAAAAGGCAGAUCAUUUUGGAUCUUCAAAUCAGUUUUGUUGGAAACUGUGAAAUUGAUUUGGAGAUCAAGAGAUACUUCUGCAGAGCUGGUGUGAAAAGUAUACAGAUCCAUGGCACUAUGAGGGUUAUCCUGGAACCACUAAUUGGAGACAUGCCCCUAAUUGGAGCACUCUCCCUUUUUUUCCUUAGGAAACCUCUUUUGGAAAUUAACUGGACUGGACUGACCAAUCUUCUGGAUGUUCCGGGGCUGAAUGGCUUAUCAGAUACAAUAAUAUUGGAUAUAAUAUCCAACUACCUGGUCCUUCCAAAUAGAAUUACAGUCCCCCUUGUCAGUGAAGUGCAGAUUGCUCAGUUGCGGUUUCCUAUACCAAAGGGUGUUCUAAGGAUACACUUUAUUGAAGCUCAAGACCUGGAGGGGAAAGAUACUUACCUAAAAGGGAUUGUCAAAGGAAAGUCAGAUCCUUAUGGAAUCAUCCGGGUGGGCAACCAGAUUUUCCAAAGCAAGGUCAUCAAAGAAAAUCUCAACCCGAAGUGGAAUGAAGUUUAUGAGGCCUUAGUAUAUGAACAUCCAGGACAGGAGCUAGAGAUUGAGCUCUUUGAUGAAGACCCAGAUAAAGAUGACUUCCUGGGAAGUUUGAUGAUAGAUUUAAUUGAAGUUGAAAAGGAGCGUCUUCUAGAUGAGUGGUUUACUUUGGAUGAAGUGUCCAAAGGAAAAUUGCAUUUAAAACUGGAAUGGCUCACAUUGAUGCCAACUGCUGAAAAUCUAGACAAGGUGCUAACAAGCAUUAGAGCUGAUAAAGACCAGGCCAAUGAUGGGCUUUCCUCUGCAUUGCUUAUUCUCUAUUUGGACUCAGCAAGAAACCUACCCCAUAAUCCAUUAGAAUUUAACCCUGAUGGCUUGAAGAAGGCUGCUGUUCAGAAAGCCCUAAAGUCAGGAAAGAAAUUAAACAGCAAUCCCAACCCACUUGUUUUGCUGUCAGUUGGACACAAGGCACAGGAAAGUAAGAUUCGAUACAAGACCAAUGAACCAGUAUGGGAGGAAAACUUUACUUUCUUUGUACACAAUCCCAAAAGACAAGACCUUGAAGUUGAGGUGAGGGACGAACAGCACCAGUGUUCUUUGGGGAACUUCAAACUGCCUCUAAGCCAGUUGCUGGAGAGUGAAGAUUUGACUAUGCAUCAGCGGUUCCACCUGAGCAACUCUGGUCCAAACAGCACUAUAAACAUGAAGAUUGCACUCAGGGUCCUUUCGCUUGAAAAGCAAGCAAGAUCUCCAGAUCAUCAACACUCAGCCCAAGUCAAAAGGCCAUCUCUUUCCAAAGAUGCAAGAAAAUCAUCUUUUAAGCCUCAGGUUCCUGUCUCGCCACCACCUGAUUCAAACAAACCUGUUCCAGCUUCCCCAGUGACUGAUAGUGAUAAAAAGACUGAUACAGCUGAAAAAAGUCAGCCUCCCAAUGCCAGCCCUCAGUGGCCAACAGAUCUCAGCCGAAGUUCCUCCAGUCUUCAUGCCUCUAACUUCUCUUACUCUCCCAGCCACCUCUCAGUCAAAGAACCCACUCCUAGCAUAGCCUCAGACAUAUCUCUGCCUAUCGCCACUCAGGAGCUACGGCAAAGACUACGACAGCUUGAAAAUGGAACAACUCUGGGGCAGUCUCCAUUAGGACAGAUUCAGCUAACAAUUCGUCAUAGUUCACAAAGAAACAAACUGAUUGUGGUAGUGCACUCCUGCAGAAAUCUAAUAGCAUUUUCAGAAGAAGGAUCCGAUCCAUAUGUGCGAAUGUAUUUAUUGCCUGAUAAGAGACGAUCAGGAAGAAGAAAAACACAUGUAUCAAAGAAGACAUUAAACCCAGUCUUUGAUCAAAUAUUUGAUUUCAGUGUUUCCCUGCCUGAAGUACAGAGAAGAACACUAGAUGUAGCAGUGAAGAACAGUGGUGGUUUCUUGUCCAAAGAUAAAGGGCUGCUUGGCAAAUUAUUAAUACCUCUGGCAUCUGAAGAACUUGCUAAAGGCUGGACCCAGUGGUAUGAUUUAACAGAAGAUGGUACAAGGCCACAUGGUGCAAGUUAGGCCCAUGGAUACUGGGAAUUUCCCAUGCAUACUUUUGCCAACCUUUAUAUAUUUUUAAAGCAUUGUUCUCACAGAUGUACCAAUAUUAUUUUUAUAGCUUUACUGAUUUAGUUCUUAAGACAUCCCCAAUAAUUUUAUAACACUCAGUCAUUUUAUGUAGACAUAGCCUUUCCCAUUGUUAAACUUUGUAUUUUAAUUUGCUAAACAAUUUUAUGUGUUACUGUAAUGUGCAAUAGUACAGUAAAGUAACCUUUUGUGUUUAAAUUGAUCUUUAUGAUGGCUGUACCUAUUAGAAAGUGAAAAGAUUAUGUUCUGCUGUUUUCCUGCCUUGUUUUAUAUCUCACCAAGGUAUACCGUAUCAUGUAAAUAUAUACUAUUUUUUUAUAAUUCUUUCAUGCUGGUUUGAAUUCCGAAGAAAAUUAGAUAAAGGAUAAUAGAUAUUUUCUUCUAAAUGCAUGUUAAUUUC